AUAAUGUAGUGCUCCACAAGUUUCAAAAUUUGAUACGUCUACAGCAGAUUUGCCAUUAGGAGCACAGUCAGCACACGUUAUGAUCAUUGCGUAUGCACUAUUAGCGUAUGCACUAUAAACGUAUGCACUAUACUGUGUAUAUAAAAGACAUACACCUCUGUAACUACCACAUACACAUACAUACCUCUAUAGUUUAGUCCGUGAAGACCUUCAAGAUAUAUUACCCAUUUAUAAAUACACUAUCUGUAGGCAUGCACAUCCGAACAGGCACAGUUCUUGGCGUUGUGCUUGCGUGUUCAAUCGAUGGACGCCAAACGGAAGGUCUACCCAUCACUCCCGAGGAAUGGUUGGCUUACUAUGGGCCUACAUAUACCGAAAUGGGAAAGUUGAAUUUCGAUGGAUAUGAUCUAGUACUUUCUUCGCCGAACUACUAUCAAGUACUGUAUCCUCCCGGAGACCCUAUUCCGGACCGGAAAUUUCCCGUGUUAGACCUAUGGGUAUUCUCCGGCGGAGAACCCGCACCACUCGUGGUAGAAGAGCUUAAAGGGUCAAAGGACUACGAUAGCAUACAAGCAUACGGGGACGCUUGUGAGGAGGCGUGUGCAAACAUCCCUGAGAACGGGUGUGCAGGAUUUGGAAUCCGGUUUUUGCCCGGUACCGACUCAGAUAAUACACUCUGUGUCAAUCUGCUUAGAUCAGAGGUUUAUUACUAUCUCCAAGAGUUGUACAUCGAGGAAGAUAGUGGGUUCGAUUCGCCAUCGACCAAUGCGUUGCAGCUAUACAUCCGCAACCCGGCUGAUUUCUGUUCGGAAGGCGAACAAUACGGUUUUAGUUUGUGUGGUGAUGGUGGGGGUGCAUCGAGAUUGGGUUGUGUCGGUAUCAAGUACAAAGAGAGCUGUUAUAGCGAAGAGUGUACUUUCUAUUCGUUUACCGACAACGACGGAAAUGAGUGCGAGGAUGGUCUGCAUUGUGUUAGCACGGAUAUCUAUGCGAGUGAAUGUUUGAAACCAGAAGAUGUUGACGAGCUCAAGGAAAAACAUUUCAACUGGUUUAGACCUGGGUAUGAAGAAAUGCAGAAGAAUGUCAGCUCACUGCCAGAUGUAUAUCAGUCGAGUGCAAAUCAAUUGCUAUUAGUGGACUACGUAAACCCAAGCUGCGCAAGCGAGCCAUGCGAUGAUAGAGGUGGAAAUCCGAAGAUAUCGGAUGCUAUUGAAGAUGUGAAGUCACUCAGAGGCGAUAACAAUUUUGAUACAGUAGAUGAGUACGCCAAGGCCUGCUCAGUUGCCUGUGAUAAGGCAAGCGGAGGGGAGAAAGGUGCGUGUACGGCAAUUGGAUACGUGUAUAAGCCCGAUAUGCCGGAAGACAACAAAUGUAUAAUGCUCUUCAGCGAUAAUUAUAAUAUUUACCUCCAAGGUUACUCAACAGAAGAUGGCGAGUUGGUUGUAUUUGAACGCGACGGAGAGGAGGGCCACACAGAAAAUGACAUGUUGAAAAUGUAUCACAAAUUUGAUUCCUGUUCUAACCCGGAUUUGUACUUGGAUGUCACCAUACGAGCUGAGGGUUCCAAUUUCCUUUCUGCCAGCGGUAGUAUAUUCUGUGAAACCCCGACUGAGGUAGACGGAAACUGUAUUGCUUCAAAUCCGGAAGAAAAGCAGUGCGUGGAGGGUACCAGCUGUAUGCUAGAGUUUGAUGAGCGAUGCAGGGCAGACGGGUACAAUCCAGAAGAUAGCAUCAAAGAACUCGGGAAUCUGAACAAGCAGUGGGUUAUUGGAGAAGGUGAUGACACACUUUACUACCGGGUGCCAGCUGUCGAACUUGUGGUGAGCGAUAAUAAUGAUGAAACUGUAGACAUCAGCGAUUUGAAAGAUAUGACCGUUGUGGAACGAUUUGAAGCAUGUGCUCAAUAUUGCUACGAACGAGAAUGGUGCCAAUCCUGGGAUUUACUAGAUGACAAGUUGAUAUGCAAUUUGUCAAAGUUAUGGGUACCAACUUACCCGUAUAAUGGCAAAGAAGACCUUGACGGUGCUAUUGGGUCGUGGUUCUUUCCAAGGUUGUAAGAUUUGGUAUUUUCUAGUGUAGAGUAAAUGUAUACAUAAGGCAAAUAAAAGCCUUGAGCAUAGAAUAUGAAGCACGCAAAUCAUCAUCAUAUAGAUAUUUAUAUAUAUCUAUAUACUUUUUACUAUAGAACUCUACCUGUAAUAGAAAAUUCGUCUAUUGGACGACGGUGGCAUGAAUCUGUUGAUGUUUGCAGGGUAAACAUUUCUGAUGUCAACUAAAUGACCUAAAUUUUUGUAGGAUGCAUGCGCAAGAAUAAAAUAGUAGAUAGUGAAUGAAGACGGGAGGCACAAGCUUUACUGCAGCAUUUCAACGGUGUUCUACUGAAUUUUUUUUCGUUCGUUGUGCAUAAUACCACCUAUAUGGUGACGGCAAUGUGAUGUAUAUCUGUUGAGAGAUCAAUCCACAGGAAGCUCACCUCGAACACCGCCCCAUGUACAAUUACUGCAGACAGACUAAGAAGGUACGAAACAACACCAGCUGAAUCCUUUAGCCAAUGCAAUACUGCCAGGCAAACAGAUACACAUGUGGCGUGUAGUAGAUACGUGAGUAAAAGACAGUUUAUUGGGGAUACGGUGGGUUAUUCUUGUUAUUGGUAGGAUACGGGGCUGUAUUCACACUAUUAUUUGAUCCUGUAUAGGGCGAGGGGUAUUGUUGUACCUGCUGGGUACCCCCUCUUUGUGCGUUGUGUAAGCUAUUUCUUCGAUACGGGUCGUGGGGUGCUGCCAACGGCUGGUAGCUGACUACCGAGGCCGUACCAAUUAGUCUAUUUCCAGAACGGCCCGGUUGCCUGUUCGUGUUACUACCGUUGUUAUCCGGAUAUGGCGCAUUCUGAUUGGCCGUGGGAUACGGUGCUGUGUUCUGGUUUUGUGAAUGAUAACCUCCAUUACCGUAUGCUGAUUGGUUCUUUAAAAUAGACGUAGUAGGGGAGUUCGAGGCCGAGUUGGACUUAGAGAGCCUGUGGUCAGGUAUCAGAGGGGGCAAGUUUUUGCGCUGCACAUCCUCAGUGUGUAUAGUCGGAUUGCUUGGGUAUGGGGCUGUGUACGGUUGCGACGGUUGUGGCACCGGCGCACUAGGAUGAGUUGGAUAUGGUGGCUGGCCAUUCGCCGAUGAAGUAGACGCCUGUCUCUGCGGCGACCCAGCCGGAGCGUACUGGUAGCUGGAGGCGUACGAUGUCGACACCACACUGGGCGUGGGCAUCAGGCUCGC